CAAACAGUUUUCUCGUCAUCUAUAAGAUGUAUAACAAAUAUCCGUUUAACGUGUAAGAAAAAAUUUGACGUUAACAUUUCUCGAAAGGCAUAAUUAACUUUUACAGAACUACUUUCACGAGAGUCUCUCUUUAUCAGCAUUGUCAUUCGCGUUAACUGAUUUGUAGAGAAUCAGACGUUUCUUAUGGUUUUUACGUAUCAUACUAUUAUUAUUUCGUUACAUAGCCGUGCGAAAUUCCGUUCCACGUCCGCGGGAGAUUUCCAGAUAUCACGAUAAAUGCGUCCGCGCUAAAUGUGCGCGAAAUAACAAUUCGCGGCGAUACGCUUGACGUUGCUUAUUGUGUGCCCGGUCGACAGUAGUGUGGUAGUACCGAGAUGAGACAGUAAACGGGCUGUCUCCUAGCUGGGACACAUUGUGCCAGAGGUUGUUCUACAACGGCGAGCAGACAGCAGCAGAUACCAGAGCUACGGAGGAAUGUGUGUGUCCUUGUCCUCUUCGCCGGCACCGUGUGUAUCCAUAUAAACGACUUGACACGAGAAGUAACGGGAAAAAAAUAGCAUUGGAAAAACUCGUCGUUCACACAUACUGCUUCGCGUGUCGCUUUCGCAAAUAGUUUUGCGCGCACACAAAGAAGUUGAUUUUACGAUCGGAUUCUACAGAUUUCACGCAGUGAUCUCUCCAGUGCUGAUACGUUUAAGCAAUCAGAAUGUAUCGCGUACUACUUUUUCUCAUCUUCAUUUACGGGAAUAUUCGUGGCAUGCAAUUCCAUACCAAAGGAGAUGUACCUCGUUUAUAUCAUCCGCGCUACUUAAUGUAUGAGGAACCGUAUAACAUCGAGUUCAAGUAUCACAAUUACGAACAGAUGAGCCGCUUUCUUCGCGCGACGUCCCUUCGAUUUCAAAAUCUCACUGCGCUGUAUUCAAUAGGAAAGUCGGUGAAAGGUCGAGAUUUGUGGGUAAUGGUCGUUUCCUCCUCACCUUACGAGCACAUGAUCGGAAAACCUGAUGUAAAGUAUAUCGCUAACAUACAUGGAAAUGAAGCUGUGGGACGUGAAUUAAUGCUACAUCUUAUUCAUUUUCUCGUGACAUCGUACGGAUCAGACGAAUAUAUUACAUGGUUAUUGGACAAUACAAGAAUUCAUAUUUUGCCGUCAAUGAACCCUGACGGCUUCGAAGUCUCUAAAGAGGGACGUUGUGAUGGUGGUCAAGGCAGGUAUAACGCGCGCGGCUUUGACCUAAACCGUAAUUUCCCGGACUAUUUUAAGCAAAACAAUAAAAAGAGCCAGCCGGAGACCGAAGCCGUUAAAGAAUGGGUCUCGAAGAUUCAGUUCGUGCUUUCGGGCAGUCUGCACGGUGGUGCGCUCGUGGCCAGUUAUCCCUUCGACAAUACCCCAAAUUCGCUGUUUCAGAGUUUCACAUCGACGCCGAGCGUCUCGCCGGAUGACGACGUAUUUCAACAUUUAUCAUUGACGUAUUCUCGAAAUCAUGGAUCUAUGCAUCAGGGAUUACCCUGCUCUCCGUCUCAGCCCGCAUUUAAACGUGGAAUUACUAAUGGCGCCGAAUGGUAUCCACUUACCGGUGGAAUGCAAGAUUUCAACUACGUGUGGAACGGCUGUAUGGAGAUCACCUUGGAACUUUCUUGCUGCAAAUAUCCACCAGCCGCGGAUCUACCACAUUACUGGACGGAAAAUCGAGUGUCUUUAAUCAAAUUUCUGGCAGAAGCUCACAGAGGUGUUCAUGGUUUUGUUAUCGAUGAAAAUGGUAAUCCUAUCGAAAGGGCUUCCGUUAAAGUGAAAUCACGAGAUGUUAGUUUCUCAACAACGAAAUAUGGUGAAUUUUGGAGAAUUCUUUUGCCUGGUGUUUACAAGUUAGAGGUAUUUUCGAACGGUUAUGUACCUCGUGAAGUUGAAUUUAUAGUAAUCAAAGAACAUCCAACGCUUCUCAAUGUUACCCUUUACUCGGUAAAAAGACAAUACAACGACGAAAAUGGGUCUGUUUUAUAUAACGGAAACAUCGGUGGGAGACCUUACCCACAUCGCGACCAUACGUUACAUUAUCGACCUCAAUCAGGAAUUAAUACCGCGGCUGACGCCAACAACGGUAUCUUCUCUUCUAUCAGUAACGGAUUUAACAACUUUGUGACUAAUCUCUUUGGAUAAUCUUGUGAAACACAUAUACAAAUAAUAUUAUUUAUUUAUUCUAUAUUAUCGUGUAAAGUCAAAUUAAACUUAGUCUAUCAAUAUUUGAUAAAUAAUCGGUGCAAAGAAACUAUAAUCCGAUUAAUAAAAUACUGCCAAACAAUACUGCAACCUAAGUUAUUUUAUAUUAAGUUUAAUCUCUACGCUAUAAAAUAUUUAUGUAUUC